UGUUUUCUUUGCAGCAUAAUUUAUUAUUAAGACCAGUUUAAAACGCACAAUCUAAUAUGAUCCAUGUCGAUGAAACAGAUUUUGAUGAUGAGGUAGAAAUACCCUUCGAACCAAGAAAUGUUGUUGUCAAAGUUGGAGAAGAUGUGAAAAAAGACUAUAAUCUACACGAAGAACUUGGAAGAGGUAAAUUUGGAACCGUAUAUAAAUGUUCAGAAAAGGCUUCAGGAAAAAUUUUUGCUGCCAAAUUCAUUAUAACUCCCCGGAAAGAUGAUCGAAAAGAUGUGUUGAGAGAGGUGGAGAUUAUGAGAUGUCUGCAACAUCCUCGUCUCUUACAACUUUAUGAUGCGUACGAUGAUGGAAAGAAGGAGAUGUGUCUAAUAUUAGAACUCAUAACCGGAGGAGAACUGUUUGAAAGAGUUAUUGAUGAUGAUUUUAUCUUGACCGAAAAAGCAUGUACUAUAUUUAUGAGACAGAUAUGUGAUGGUGUUUUAUAUAUGCAUUCGAGAAACAUCUUGCACUUGGAUAUGAAGCCAGAGAAUGUGCUUUGUUUAACAAGAACUGGUAACAGAAUUAAGCUGAUUGAUUUUGGCUUAGCUAGAAAAUUAGAACCCGGUAAGAAAUUGCAAGUGUUGUUCGGUACUCCCGAAUUUGUGGCCCCAGAAGUAAUUAGUUUUGAUCGUGUAUCCUAUCAGACGGAUAUGUGGAGUGUCGGUGUUAUUUGUUAUGUUCUUCUUUCUGGUCUAUCCCCAUUUAUGGGUGAUAAUGAUGCAGAAACUAUGGCCAAUGUCACAAGAGCUGUUUAUGAUUUCGAUGAUGAAAGUUUUGACAAAAUUUCAGAUGAAGCCAAAGACUUUAUUGAAAAGUUAUUAGUCAAAGAGCUAGAAGAAAGAUUAACAGCGGCUCAAUGUUUAGAACAUCCGUGGCUGAGGAGAGAUAAGAAAAAAGAAGAGAAGACUUUAGACAAAAAGAAAUUGAGGAGGUUCGUCAUAAGAAGAAGAUGGCAGAAAGCCGUCAAUGCACUUUUGGCUCUGAAGAGGAUGGGAGCAGUUAUUUAAUCAUAAUAAUAAUAAAUAUAUUUCCAGUAUUGGAUUGCUACCUAAUAAUCCACAAGGUGAACGAGGGUGAUUCCUCGCUCUCCCUUCCUGCAAUCCCCUCUAGGUACAUUCCUUAGUCCGAUUCCCCAUCCCAUCGGAUAUCGAUCCGAAAAAAAGUAGUGUAAAUAACGAACCCCUCCAACAACUUGCUCUUUCAAAAUAGUACAUAUCGUACAGAAACUAGCUUGGAAAAAUAGCAUUUUGUCCAAUUGACACGAUCAUAAAAAAAGACAUUUUUUUACAUACUUUGUAAAUCCUUCUCGAGUGAGAAACCAUUGCUUGUACAUUUAAAUCGAAAUCACGGAAAAAUAUAUUCAAAGUUACGUCCAUUUACCUAUUGGAUAGUUUUGAUAAGAAUGAAGAUUCAGUUGGACUCUUGUAACAAUUUUUGUUGUUAAUUAUAAAAAAUAAAAUAAGUAAAAAAACA